GCGGCGCACUUCCGCCCGGGCGCAUUGCAGCCCCGCGGACGGUUGGGCCAGGGUGCGGGCCUGCGCCUCCCUCGGCUCCUGGCGCGGGCCUCGGGUAGAGGGGUGGAAGAUGUCUAUGGAUGUGACAUUUCUGGGGACGGGUGCAGCAUAUCCAUCUCCAACCCGGGGUGCCUCUGCUGUGGUCCUUCGGUGUGAAGGCGAGUGCUGGCUCUUUGACUGUGGGGAGGGAACACAGACACAGCUUAUGAAAAGCCAACUUAAAGCAGGGAGAAUUACCAAGAUCUUCAUCACACAUCUUCAUGGAGACCAUUUCUUUGGCCUUCCUGGGCUCCUCUGCACAAUCAGCCUGCAGAGUGGCUCCAUGGUGUCCAAACAGCCUAUUGAAAUCUAUGGCCCUGUAGGGCUUCGGGACUUUAUCUGGCGAACCAUGGAACUCUCUCACACGGAGCUGGUCUUCCAUUAUGUGGUUCAUGAACUGGUUCCUACAGCGGAUCAAUGUCUUGCAGAAGAAUUAAAAGAAUUUGCACAUGUGAAUAGAGCAGGCAGUCCUCCCAAAGAGGAACAAGGAAGAACUAUCCUAUUAGACUCAGAAGAAAACUCGUACCUUCUGUUUGAUGAUGAACAGUUUGUUGUAAAAGCAUUUCGCCUCUUUCACAGAAUUCCCUCAUUUGGGUUUUCAGUCGUGGAAAAGAAACGCCCAGGUAAACUCAAUGCACAGAAACUAAAAGACCUUGGUGUUCCACCAGGUCCUGCCUAUGGGAAGCUGAAAAAUGGAAUUUCUGUUGUUCUGGAAAAUGGGGUUACAAUUUCUCCCCAAGAUGUCUUAAAAAAGCCUAUUGUUGGAAGAAAAAUCUGCAUAUUGGGUGACUGCUCUGGGGUUGUGGGUGAUGGAGGAGUAAAGCUGUGCUUUGAAGCAGACCUGUUGAUCCACGAAGCGACCCUGGAUGAUGCCCAGAUGGACAAAGCAAAGGAGCACGGCCACAGCACACCACAGAUGGCAGCGACAUUUGCAAAGUUGUGCCGUGCAAAGAGGCUGGUUCUGACUCACUUCAGUCAGAGGUACAAACCAGUUGCCUUGGCCAGAGAAGGAGAAACAGAUGGCAUUGCAGAACUAAAAAAGCAAGCUGAAUCAGUGUUAGAUCUCCAAGAAGUGACUCUAGCAGAAGAUUUUAUGGUGAUAAGCAUUCCAAUCAAGAAAUGAAACCAGUGUUCCUGGGUGCAUACUGACAUGUCUGUGAAUAUGUUACUGAACCUACAGUCCAGUUUUUUAUUUCUUGUUUUAGUCUGGGAUUAUUUGGGCCUUAAUAAUCCUAAAAAGAAUGGAGCUGCAUUGAUGAAUUGGCUCAGUAUUUAAAGGGAGCAAGCUUUUUGAUAAUAAAUCUUUUUAAGAGAAAAAAAAACCCAGCAUCCUUUUUAAAGUCCAGAUUUGACAAAAUGAUAGACUAUUCACGUAUACGUCUCAUUUUGUGCUACUACCACAGGUAGCCAAUAUUCCAUGCAGUCCUAGGUUUAGCUUCUGCCCAGCUUUAUUGCUGCUAUUGGCAAAGAGCACAGGACUCAGCCCUCGUGGCUAAAAAUGGUAUUUUGGCAGUUUGUAUUGAAUCUGUUUGUGUUACUAACAGAAUAAGGAGAAAUGUCAUGAAACGCUGGACACGCAGGAUUGACGAUAGCAUGACCAUAGCUUUGCUGGAAUACUGAAUGCAGGGUUUGGCUAGGUGUUUGUUUUAACAUGUUAUUGAACUUUCUAUUUGACUCUUAAACCAUAGUUCUCAGCUUGGGUGACACUGCUCCUCUGGAAGCAGGUUUGAAAUUAUGGGGAUGUUUUCUUGUCACAGUGACUGAGUAUGGUGGGGGUGGGUGGUGGUGGUGGUGGUGGUGGUGGUAGUGGUAGUGGUGGUAAUGGUGGUACUACGGCUACUGAUAUUUAGUCAGCAGGGAUCAGGGAUACUAGAUGUCCUGCAAAGUUUUGGUCAGUAAUGUACAAUAAAGAAUCAUCUCACCCCGAAAUGCAAAUUGCAGACCCAUUGAGAUACACAGCAAGUUAAAGUUUAUACUCUUGAUGUGAAUAUAGUUUACCAAAAUUAGUGACAUAAUGAGUCAAAUUACUAGGUAAGUCAAAUCCAAAAGAGUGAAUAUGUUAGAAUUGCAAUGUCAUACCAAAUAGCAUUCAAAAGAAAUGAGCCAUCAAGUGAAGCUUAUGAACCUAGAGGUAAAAAAUGCUUAUCUAUUAAACAGGUUUCAUUUAUGUGUCCCUAUUAAUAAACAUUAUUUGCCCUACAA